AUGCCUGUACAGACUCGUUCCGAUGCCACACGUACAUUUGCUGAGGCGUACCAAGGCCUUCGUCGCUCAAGCCGCAUUGGUCCUCAUAUUGAUUCCCGGUUUUAUGAGCCACGCACGCGCAAAUUCAACUCAUCGAGGAGAAAAAGAAAACGUUUUUUGAAGCCCAUCAAAGUGACCAAGAAGGUUAAAGAUGAAGGCGACGACGAUCCCUCUAGCACCCCCUCUUCUUCGGCCCCUUCCGCAAAGAGACUAUUCUCUUCUAGUGUGGCUUCUGCUGUGUCUCUAGGACCUGUAUCGGCCGGCAAGGAAGCAACCAUUCCCGCAAGCGAUGCAGGGCCCAAGAAUGUGGCCAAUCGACAGUCCAUCCAGUCUACUUCGUCUAGGAAUCCCAUCCUCGCUCGCUCAUCUACUCAGGUCACCAGGAACAACUUGGCAGGAGCACAGUCUAUGGAACAAGAGGCUCCAGUAUUUGAGGAGGCCUUUCAGACUCUGAAUCUGUUCGAGCGACGUCAGAGCAGGAACAAGAUGGCCCACAACACCGACAAGGGCAAGAUGAAAAACAUGCGCGUUUCGUUGGAUGCCAAGAGGGAGAAGCCUCGCAAGCGGGUUCGGGCACGCAGCCAGUCGGUGAUCGCCAUGCAGUUGGGUAUGGGUCUGGGACCCUUGCCGCACACGCCUACCGGUAGUCGCCAGAACACGCCUACUCUAGUCGAUUUGUUCGCUGGGCCGCCGAUGAGGGAGAAUACGCCGGUGCUUGGUCCAGUGGCGGGUCCGUCGACGCAACCUGGGGCACUUGACUGGAGGGAAUUGACACCCGACGUUCCUACGCGCGAAAACACUCCCCAAUCAUUCCAUGCUGGUCCCAUAGCGGACUGGAAGGAGUUGACGCCUGUUCCUACGCGUCAAAACACGCCUCAAGUCGAGGCUGGUCCGUCAGCUCCACCUGGAUCGCGAGAAAAACCCUUCAAGUUGGACCUAAUUGAAGAGGAACCAAUGGAUAUCGACGUCGAGUUUGACUCAUCCAAGUAA